AUGUUCAAGUAUCGGAUCCGCAUGUUUUUCAAUGAACUUAAAGUGCUGGUUUUUAUGCGCUCCGAUACACGACAGUCCGACACAGAGAGGCGAUCCAACGGGAACAACACCAACACCACCACCACCACCACCAUGCGCGAUCUGGGGCUGGGGAUGGGGGACUGUGGCUGCAUGCCCCCCUUUGUCGACUGCCAUUCCCGGGAUGACGAGGAGGAGUACUACGGGAGCGAUCCGCGGCCCCGGAGCUUAGCCUUCGAGGAUAAGGAGCCCAAUAAGCUGCAGGUCGGCCUGGAUGCGGUGUCGCUAGCCAGCACCGCGAGCAGCCUGCGCACCCCCCAGUGUAGAAUCUGCUUCCAGGGCCCAGAGCAGGGGGAGCUGCUGAGCCCGUGUCGCUGUGACGGCUCCGUGCGCUGCACACACCAGCCCUGCCUCAUCAGGUGGAUCAGUGAGAGAGGCUCCUGGAGCUGUGAGCUCUGCUACUUCAAAUACCAGGUCCUGGCCAUCAGCACCAAGAACCCCCUGCAGUGGCAGGCCAUCUCCCUGACAGUGAUCGAGAAGGUUCAGAUCGCAGCCAUCAUCCUGGGCUCUCUCUUCCUCAUCGCCAGCAUCUCGUGGCUCAUCUGGUCAUCCCUCAGCCCCUCGGCCAAAUGGCAGAGACAGGACCUACUCUUCCAGAUCUGCUACGGCAUGUACGGCUUCAUGGACAUCGUCUGCAUAGGCCUGAUCAUCCACGAGGGCUCUUCUGUGUACAGGAUCUUUAAACGCUGGCAGGCCGUCAACCAACAGUGGAAAGUCCUGAACUAUGAGAAGUCCAAGGACCUGGGGGACCCCCUGAGCUCGGGGGGGAAGGGCGGGGCAAGGGGCGGGCGGAGCGGCACCCUAGGGUCCGGCCUGGGGGGCAGCAGCGGGGGGCAGAGGAGGAGGAGGAGGCUAAGGACUAUCCUGGAUCAGCACUGCGGCUACACCAUCCUCCACAUCCUGAGCCAGCUCCGACCCCAGGACCCCAGGCUCGGAGCGGGGGCCAACCGCGAGGUGGUGAUGAGGGUGACCACAGUAUGA